AGAGCUUUAGAACAAUUUUGUUAUUAUAUUGUAUUUGUUGAGUCAUUCUACCGUUCUAAAAUCUUAGCAUACUCUGCUGAAAACAGCUCCUUCAAUGUCUGUGAGGAAGGUAAAUAGUCUGACCAGCUGAGCCUAUCAUGUUCGUAUUGGCUGAUCCAUGAAUCCUUAGUUUCCAUUUUCUGUGUGCAAGGUACAUGACUGAGGCAAUUCUGUUUUCCAUCUCCACAUGUUGCAACAAUUAGCCAAGUUUGGCAGUUCAUGUGACCAUAUGGAGUUAUCAUCUAGAUUUUGUUUUUCUGAAAUUGUCUUUUUGUGUCAUCUGCAUCUGACAAUAAGGUAUCAUUUGUAGUUGCUGUUGAUAUGCUUGACAGUUCUUAAUCUAGCUGUCCCUGUUAUCUUCGUAGACAAACAAUAAGCAGUCUUUAGCAUUGAAAAGAAGUUGGUUUGGUAGAUACCUCUUCGUUUACUCCAUUAUGGCUCAAUACCAUUUUUUUUUAUCAGUUCAUAGUGACUAGUGAGGCUGAUUGAAGCCUUGGUCCAGAGAUGAGGUACAUUUGGGGGUUUUCUCCCACAUAAGUCAACAAGAUAUCCUGCAUACUAGUUGACAUUUAACAAUUACAGUACAUCGUAGAUUGUUGAUACAGCUCCAGAAAGAUAAACAUUAAAGAUGUUUAUCUGACAAACUCGGAUCAAUGUUACUAGCUCCUGCCUGAGAAGCUAUGCAAUACAGCUCCAGAAAGAUGAAUAUUAAAGAGGCCGUUUAUCUGACAAACUCAGAUCAAUAUUACUAGCUCCUGCCUGAGAAGCUAUCCAACGAAGACACCCCUUGGGGACAAGGUUUAUUAAUACGUUCUUCUCUGAUUGUGUCAUUCGAAGCAUACAAACUCUUUACAGGUGUAUCUUCUUAACUUGGAACUGAACAAUUGUUUACUAAGGAUUGCUAUAGCUAUAUGCUAAAUACUCACAUGAUGCACUUCAUGAAAGUUCACCUUUCGUGAUAACCCUUAGAUACUGGGUAUUCAAAGUGAAGGACUUGCUCAAGGAAAGAUUAAAAAGGUUUACACAAUUACAAAACAAUCUUGCAUUUCUACAUAUCUUGUGCGACGAAGUGCUUCAGCAGAAUCAGCAUAGCCGACAUCAUCGCGAAGAAGAGCAGGAGAUGGGGAUUAUGGCAUCAGAGCUGCAAUGUUGGAUUCCAGUGAUAUCUCUUCCAAUUUCUUCAAGUUCAAGGAGAAACCCUAAGCUAUCUGUGAGGUCACCGCAGGGAGGGAUUCUCCAGAGACGGGUUGCGAGCAUAUGUUUGGUUUCCUACCGUGCACUGAAAAUCUAUUAGGGCACCUAUUCAUGUUCGUGGUUUAUGAGUACUUGUUGUUCCUAGGGGAAAAAUGCAUUUGCCUGGGGAGUGAAAUCGUCUUCCAGAUGCUAGGGACCGGUGUUUUUGGUGCUUGUGCUUUCGAGAUCCUGGGAGCAUUUCCAGAGGGCAUGAUAAUUCUUGUAUCUGGACUUUCCAAAAGUAAAGAGGUUGCUGAAGAAAAGGUCCUCACUGGAGUCGGUUUGCUUGCUGGAUCAACAGUCUUGCUUCUGACGUUGCUGUGGGGAACUUGUGUUAUACUUGGCAAGAGCGAUUUUUCAGAUGUCUCAGUUUCUAAUGAUGCAAAGAGCUCAGCUUUACAGAAGUUGUCGUUGGGAAAACCUCGGUUAUACUUAACUGGAUCUGGUAUCAUUACUGAUCAUGAGACGAGCUAUACAGCCAGGAUUAUGGUUGUAUCAAUAGUACCAUUUAUCAUUCUUCAAGUGCCGUCUCAAGUAAUCCACGAAUUAUCUUAUGGGCGACAAAUCAUCCUCUUAAUCACUCUUGUGGUUUCAGUUGCAUUUUUACUUUCUUACUUCGUCUAUCAGAUUUUUGAGCCUUGGAUUCAAAAAAGACGACUGGAAUAUUUAGAGUGUCACAAUCCGAUGGCAAGGGUCUUACGGCAUGUUGAAAAGCAAGCAACGGGAAAACUCUUAACAGAUGAAGGCACAGCAAAUAUACCUGUUAUAGAGAGGCUAUUUAAGCAAAUAGAUCUCGAUGUGGAUGAUUGUUUAUCAUCACUGGAAUUCAAAGAACUGCUCCUUGAAGACAAGUCCGAACUGAAUAAUGCAGAUAAGAACAAUUUCAUAGAAGAAGUAGUUAAAGAAUUUGAUUUAGAUUCUGAUCAUAUGAUUUCAAAGGAGGAAUUUGUUAAUGGGUUUGCAAAAUGGCUUGCUAAGAAUAAGAACACAGUUACCAGCCAAAGAUCUUAUUCACAAAAGUUCGUGGACAACUUGUACCAGGAGAAAAUGGUUGAAUAUGCUAAAAAAAAGUUGUUAAUACAAGAAAUACUCAGAUACUACCAGAACAAUACAAUAGGAAAGCUUAUCAGCGAUAAGGGAGUGCCAAACAUAUCAAUCCUGCAAAGGUUAUUUGAGAAAGUUGAUCUUGAUCACGACAAUCGUUUAUCACAUUCAGAAUUUAAAAAAUUGGUUGAAGCUAUCCAGUUUGGGACAGUCAAUUUGAAUGUAGAUGUUGCAGUGGAGGAAUUAAUUGAAGAGUUAGAUACAGAUGGUGAUCAUUUGAUUAAUAAGGAGGAGUUUGUUGAAGGGUUAUCAAAAUUUCUCAUUGCCAACUCGAACAAAGACACGUGGCCAGAAACUGACAAAGUGGAGGAAGUACCGUUGGCAAUCACAGUAGUAGAGAAAGAAAAAACUUCGGCAUCAAGAAGAGUAGAGAAUGAAGAGAAAACCUCGACAUCAGAAAGAGGAACGUACGAAGAGGAAGCACUGGCACUGACAUCAAAAGGAGCCAUUGAUAAGUCGUGGAAAACAAGCUGUAAAGCUGGGUUUCUGUUGAUGCUAGGAAUUUUGACUAUUACCCUACUUGCUGAACCUCUUAUAGAAGUUGUUCAAGAUUUCUCCAAUUCCGCAAACAUUCCAUCUUUUUUUGUAUCAUUUGUUUUACUACCUUUGGCUACUAACUCCAGAAAGGCGGUUUCUGCUAUCAAGGCAGCAAGGCGCAAGAAGUCCCGUACCAUGUCUUUGACAUUUUCUGAGAUUUAUGGUUCAGUGUAUAUGAACAAUGUAUUGGGGUUGACUGCACUUCUAGUAAUCGUAUACGCAAGAGAUUUGAAAUGGGAGUUCACCGCUGAAGUUUUAGUCGUUCUCAUCGUUUGUGUUGUGAUGGGCCUCAUUGCCAGUUUCCGCACUGAAUUCCCACUCUGGACAUCUUAUCUGGCAUACCUUUUGUACCCAUUGUCUUUGACGAUGGUUUAUAUUCUCAAUUAUGUCCUCCACUGGCAUUGAGAACUUCCAACGAACACACAGAGCUACCUCAGUGUUCUAAACUGGGGAUUGUUGUUGGAAGCAAAGGCGGUUAGGGUUUGAGUGGUGGUUGUUCUACGUUCUGUAUUCUUUCACAUUUUUCUUGUACUAGAUGUUCACCAUUGAGUAACGAAUGCACCUUUUCUUGUAGAAUUUUGAUA